AUGGCUCCGCGGCGCAAGUCUGUCGCAUGGGCGAGUGACUCGCUGACGGCUCUCGCAGUCCCCAAACACCGUCGGCCCAAGUUCGACCUCCAGCUCAGAAUCCUGGACCUGAACAACGUCCCGCUCGUCUCUGGCAUAUCCUACGUAAAAUGGCACAUCCCUGGCUCCGCUGCCGCCGAGCACCGCGGUCGCACCGAGCGUCGCGCCAUCAAGGAGCACAAGGUGUUCUACGUCUACGAGAAGCACAUCCCUGUGCGCAUCACCAUCCAGAACAAGUCCAAGAUGCUCGAAGAUGCCUGGAUGCACUUUGAAGUCAUACAAGAGUACAGCGCCGGCGGCAAGAGCGACAGGAUCGUGCUGGGCAAGGUCGAUCUCAACUUGGCCGAAUAUGUCGAGGCCAGCGAGCUCGAGGCCGCCGGGGUCGUGCGCCGCUAUCUCAUGCAGGAGAGCAAGAUCAACAGCACUUUGAAGAUCGGAAUCUAUAUGAGGCAGAUUGAUGGAGACAGGGAUUACAUCGCCCCCUCGUUGAAGAAUGCCCAAGUCUUUGGAGGGAUUGCUGGGAUCAUAGCUGGAGAACAGGUCGAAGGAGACGAAUCUGGCCAUCUGCCAACUUUGAGCAAGAACAGCCGCGCCGACGGAGAACUGCAAGAUAUGUACCGCCGGACAGAAAUCGCGUUCUGGGCUGCGCAACCAGGGGAACUCCGCGCCGACGAGUGUAUCGAAGACAUUUUCAGUGGGGGAGACGGCUGGGGCAAUACAGAAGGCAAGCAUAUGGGCGAUCGUUUGGGUGUGGAAGCGGACAGCACCUCUCUCAGCGAUAGUGGAUCCCGAUCUCCUCUGCGCGGAUGGCACAGAGUCACUCCUAGCCAAGGAAGCAACAAGUCGCAAGACACGCUCAAGAAGGCGCGAUUGCUGCGCCUCGGACGCGCGCCUGUUGCACCUCUCGCCACAGCCAUCACGACCUCGACCUCGUCCGCUGCGACUUUCACAAGCACUACCCGCCGAUUACGAGCCUCCGAGCCAACCGGUUUCUCAGAUGUCGCUCAACUCGAGAUCCGUCGAGAGCUUGAGCAGCACAAUCCAUACACUCCCAUCAUCCGCACCAUCGAGUCCGACCCUGCAACACGAGCCAGACGCUGGCCGCGAGAGCCCGUGAGGCGCGGUCGCAAGGGUCAGACGAUAAAAGAGACAUCCGCACCGCUGCGGCGGCAAUACCUGGGCGAGGACUCGGAAGUACUCAUUCUGCGGGACCUCACGCCGCUACCGGAAAAGAAGGAGGAGGAGAAGCAGGAAGACGACGCUUCCGCUCCCGCGGCCGGGGGAGAGGACGACGCGGCGAGACGCAGGCGGGAGAUACGGGAGACGAUCGAGGCCUCGAUAGCGGGGCAGUCGGCCGUGGCCGGGCAGGAAGAAAUCAACGAGCAGAUCAACAAGCUGCGCCCCGUGUCGGCCGAGGGCCUGUACUACCCGGCGUUCAUCACGCGUGAGGCGCUCAAGGACCUGCGGAAGGCGUUGAAGAACGCAUAUGCGGUGGCGCAGCUGAGGAGGUAUGCGGCCGUGCAAGAGGGGCUGGGCCAGCUGCGGGAGCUGAAGAGGGAGGAGCACGCCGUGCCGAGCGUGCUGUGGCAGUCGGCAUGGCAGCAGGGCGUCUCGCCGAUUGAGGAGAGGCUUCCCGAAGCCAAGAGGGCUGAUGUACCUGUGGAGAAGCUGCCGAAGAUGCAGGUCAUCGACCGGAUCGUGACACGGCUGUGGAACGUGGGAGUCAUCGAAGAGAGCAUGGCUGUGGGCGAGAUUGAGGUCAAGCUCGAACCGUGGCAGUUUGAUGUUCUUACCCUCUCGAAACAAGGAGAUCACACUAUCCUCGACAAUAUUGGACAUCAACGAAACAUCAAGAUUGACUCUUACCGGCCUGACCAUAUCCUUCGGUUCACUGCAGAGAGGGAGCAAAGCGAGCAAGCCGUCACCGAUAUCGAGCGCGUUAUGAGACAAUUUAAAGUUAAGACGUUCAACCUGGAAGACUUCGAAUGGCUUCGUCAAAGGCGCGACUUGGAGCGUUUGACAGACUUUUUUUCGCCCAAGGACUUCGAAGUCAUUGCAAGUUUGAGCAACACCGUCAUCGAUAGCUCGUCAGAUUCCUCGGUGACAAUCUAUGGCGUGCAACAUAAUGUUGAGUUGGCACAACGGCUUCUGCUCAGCUUGAUAGGGCAUCCCAACGGCGCUGAGACCAGAGUUUUGACCGAUGCUGAAGGAGAAGGAUUCUUGCAGUUCUGCGCCUCUGAAAGUGCACUACACUACCGGCAUAGAAAGAAAAAUUACCGACGUUGGACCUUUCCAGUUCAAAGGGACUCCGUCAAGGCAGAGAAGAAUCAACCUUUGGAUGAAGAGCCUGCAUCAGAAAGUUUGGAGAGCGCUACAACUACCUCGACGGAGGCACACCCUGACCAUCUUCCAGACGAUGGACCAAAAGAAGCUCACGAUGUGGACGGCCAGCCACGACUUGCUGAGCAAGUUGUCCAAUUUUUCACGUCGCGGCUUGACGGUUCCAGCGAUGUGUCAAAGGAAGCUCACAACUCAGCCGAGGAAACCAAGAAGUCUUACUGGGAGUCUUCUGCGCUGAUUGAAUUCUAUGCCACAUUCGGCAAUGUCCUUCACAAAGGUCCUUCUACCAACGACUCGCUAUCGCCAACAACCCUUCCAAACAUACUCGAACACAGCGGCAACCACGGUCGUGUCUUCCUCCAUUCCAUCCCUGGAUUCAGUCCUUAUCUACAACAUCUCGCAUCUACCACACGGCUUAACCCGGAGUAUCCCGACGCUCUUCUCUUCCGUUUCAUGCCGUCUCCUUGGGACAUCGAGGACUCUUCUUCAUUGGAGGAUUUCGGGGAGUUGGGCCUGCGGAUCCAGUUCGACAAACGAACGGGCAAAGCACGAUACCAAGGUCUGGGUCUGACGACCCGAGAGAGAAACGUGGACGUUCUGAUGCCUGAGAAGCCGAUCGAUGUCCGUUUCACGCAUCGUGAAGUCGUUUGGACCGAGUUCAGUCUGGACCGUUCUAAUGAGAUCCGAGAUUACCUCGUGCAAAUCAGUACGAGUCUAGACGUUGGAGGAACCAUUCGAGCUCCUCCAUCGCUGACAUUUCGCAUUCCCGCGUGGGCUGUAAGGAACCAGGAGAAGUACAGCUCGCUACCAUUCGAAUACACAGACAAGGGCAAAGAAUACAUCAAGGAGUUCAUCUUGACUACUGUUGAGCACAGGCAGAUGUGUAGAUACGACCUUCCGGACGGCAAACACCGCAUCUCCUACACCUCUGUCGAAGGCGGCAGGAUGGGUGGACGUCACGGCGAGCUGCGUGCACGCAUCAGGAGGCCUGCCCUUGGUGCGGAGCAGUUGCAGAAACAGGUGCCGGGACUGGUCGAAGAGGCGUUCAAUGUGGCAUCUCAGAUCAACGACGCUGUGCAUGACAGGUUGCUGCUUCCUGAGACGAAGAUUUCGAAGCACGAGUGGCAUUCCAACAUCAAGAGGCUCACGCUCGAGGGGCGAUUCGAGGAACCGCUGCACGCCAACAUCAGAUACAUCAACGAUGAUGGUAGUAGAAAGCCUCCUUCCCAGGCGGCGAAGGAGGCCAACGCACGCCCUAGGGAUAUCGACGCCCCGCUGAAGGCGGGCGAGAAUUAA